GCUGGAGGUAGAGGAGGGGGAGGUUGUUGGUUUUGUUGUUGCUUCUUGUUUCAUUUGUUCUUUCUAUCCCUUUUCCUCGUUUCACAUCUACUAUUGCGUUCUUUCUUUCUAUUUUCCUCUUUUGCUUCUACUCUGUGUUUUUGAGAGUGUGAGUGUGUCGACCAUUUUUGUGUCGUACACGUGAAGAGAACUGUGUCAAGAAGGCACAUGGUGUGAGUGUGUGUGUGUGUGUUUGUGUGGCAUUGUGAGGAGGUUGUUGUGAGUGUGUGAAGAGUGAUGUGGUGUCAACUGUGUGUUGUACAAUGUGUGACGUGUGUGCGUGUGUGUGUGUGUGUGAUGUGUGCAGGUGUGACGUGUGCUGGGUGAGAGAGAACAGUGUGGGAGAGACACACCAGCCGACUCAACAGAUUCGACUCUCCCUGUCCACAUGUACAGUACAUUAUGCAACCAACCUCCGUGCCAACUAGUGGUUCUUAUACACCUGCUCUUACGUAGUACAUUGAGAGAUUUUUGUGACAUAAUGAUGAAUGUUACAUACAUGUGUGGAGGUGCUGUACAGUGGGACCAAUGAAAAAUGAGUGGGGUGGUCAGAGAAUGAGAAUAAAGACGUGUGAGAAAAUGGUUUUUGUGUCAAGAGAAGAAAGAUGUAUAUAGCCUCGUUUCCAGGCUUCCUGUCCUGAAAGGUGUGAGAACAAGGCUAAGGCUACGAGAGCAAUGGUUGUGCUGAAUCAACUGUUUCGGCAUUGUUAUGUUCCUUUGUCAUUUCAUGUACAAAGAACCAACAGUGCCUCGUGAAUCAUUGCUUGGCACCCUAACAACAAGAACAGAUUUUUGGAGGGGGGGGGCGGGGAAUACACACUAUCUACUAAUGCGCGUGCGCUGUAUGUGCUUAAUUAGAGAGAAAUUUUCAAAAGCGCCACAUCGCACGGAAAAGAGGUUGAAAGCUAGCUGUUAGCUGUGUCUAGCUAGACUGUUGGCAAGCUUGGAUGCCCAUCUAAGGCGCUGAAGUCCAGUCAUACAGCGUCUGUUGUCUGUUGUCUGUCGGUGUGCGUACUCUCCCGGGCGCUACCAGUCUCUAGUGUGCCAGCGAAGCUACUGUGUUUGCUGGCCUCCUCUACAGUGCAUGCAAGUUCCUGUCAUAUGAUGGUGAGGAAAGCUGGUUGUUUGUAAAAAUAAUCACGCAGGCCGGUGCACUGUAAGACUGUGGGUCUGCAUGCACAGGGGCGCACAAGUGGGCCUAAGUGUCCUUGUAAUCGUCGAGGUUGAGUGAUCUACGCACAUCUUUGCCUUCUCUUGACCUGCUAACGGUAAGUCGCAUGUUGGUAGUGUUGUCAGUGAUUCCCACAACUUUUACUGCGGGUGUGUUUAGACCUCAGUUCUAUGCUGCCAUGGAACACAUUAGCGCACCGCUGGUUGAACAAGGCUACCUACAUGUAGGUAGCUCAAUUUUAGUGCAGAGUUGCAUGAACCAAGAUGUGUAAGCACAAGGAAAGUUUAUAUCUCAAAAACACGCAGGAUAACACUUGCAAAAAAGAUCUGCCCUUGGUAGGACACGAACCCCACAUGACGUAUUAUGCAUCAUGGGUAUAAAAUAAGUUGGGUAGAGGAUAUCUCCACGACGAUGUAACACAAACCACGGGAGAGAGUCUGUUAUAGUGUGUGUGUGCAUUGGCAUGUAGACUAGGUGUGUGUGUGUGUGUUGUUCUCAGUGUUUCUGGCAGUGGCCAUGCGUAUGCACAUGUACUAUUACACAACCACACAAUUAAUGCAAUUAGAAAAGAACAGAGCCACAAUGUCCGUCCAACUCUUACUCUGAUAUUACGUGCAGUACAAAUUAUUUCCCUGGCUUGGGCUGUAAUAAAUCUUGCAUGUACCACGCAUGCACUAGUUACACUUAGUUAGCGUUACUCAAGCUACACAUGUACUGUAUGUAUAUGUAUGUAUGUAUCUAUGUACAUAGAAAAGGUUAGUUUCCUCACGUGUAGCCUAUCACGAAAACCUCUGAUAGGCUGACACGAGAGACCUAUGUAGUAGCGUAGAAAGGCAGUGUGUCGCACUCACAACCUGUUCUUAGUCGGUAUGUUGACAUGAUGAUACAUGUUAAGCAAGACACCAAUUUUAACAGAGUUCAUGUAGUCCUUUAUCGACGGAGUUAGCACAAGUCGUAUAUAUGUAGCUACAUAUACAAUGCUGAUGAGGGCCAACACGCCCCGAAACAGUUGUCCAGAGCUCCCCAUCUUUUUUCUCUUGGCAUCACAUGGUCUAAUACCUUCAUGUGUAUAAGUAUAUAGUACUUGUGUGGUGGAGUGUAGCAGUGUAAUUUUGGACGAGUGAUUAGAUCUCAGGCCAGUUGAGAUGGUACGUAUGUACGUGUUGUGUCCCCGCCAUGCAUACAUCUCCAUGUUCCUCGCAAGUCUCUGUUGAGUUGUGUGCAUUCCACUUGCCAAUUCUUAGCAAUGAGUGGUACCCACAUGAUCCGUCAUGCAGCACAUCGUAUGUACAGGUGCAUUGGACCAUGUAUAGUUGUAUGACUAGAGAUUACUCAGUCCAGUGAUAGCAGCAAGGGUAAUGUAAGCACGUAAGUGCUGGCACGGAUAUGAGUCAUAUACUGUAAGUGCUUGCAUGGAUAGCUGUGUAACGGGCGUAUGUCAUGCUUGCCAGUAAUGUAACUUACAUCUUACCCAAACAUUUGCUUAUAAAUAGGAGUGGUUUUUUGUGAAUUUAUCAAUGGUAAAAAUUUUGCCCACCAUGAUGUGCCCGCCCCUCUCUCCCUCCCAAUCAACGUUUGAACACAGUUCUCCAGAAUGCUCGCAUGCACUUCGGGAACAGCUGAAGACACUAACAGAAAACGUCCUCGGUCCCCGCUACCUCACCCUCCAGUGAAGCCACGCCCCCUCUCCCUCGGACAGACCACAUGACCCACUACGGCGACCACGGCGGACCGGGGGGCGGGGUAAUUCCCCCCGGAGUGGGUGGGGUAAACUCCGGCGGGGAAGCCCCUCCACAUACCAUGUAUAACGGGACAGCUCAUAGCUCAGGGGUGCGGGACGAGGCGGGGGAGGAGGAGAAGAGGAUCCACUGGACGGAGCUGGAGAUAAGAGGUCCCAUCAAGAACCUGAGCCCUGAGCUCUGGAAACUCACUCACCUCACAGCUCUCUUCCUCAACGAUAACAACCUACAGCGUAUCCCGGCAGACAUAUCCCGUCUCUCCAACCUCCUCCACCUCGACCUCUCGGGGAACAAGCUGCGAAGUCUCCCGGCCGAGAUGGGGGACAUGCUGCAGUUGAGGGAUCUCCGUCUCAACAAUAACUCCCUCAGGAUGCUCCCCUACGAGCUGGGCCGGCUCUUCCAGCUGCAGAACCUCGGAGUCACUGGAAACCCUCUCCAGCCGGAGAUACUCUCAAUGGCCAGUGACAUGAACGGUGGGACUGCCAAACUACUCAUGUACCUCCUCGAUAACCUCACCGUGUGUCCAAGACCUCCAGAGAGGGAAUGGAUACAGAUUGCCAACCCCAGGUCUCGACAAAUGACAUUCUCGGUGAUGUCAUACAAUGUCCUGUGCGACAAGUAUGCCACUCGACAACAGUACGGUUACUGUCCCUCCUGGGCCCUGGCAUGGGAGUACCGCAAGUCCAUCAUCAUGAAGGAACUUCUCGACCUCACUCCCGACAUCAUCGCUCUCCAGGAGGUUGAAACGGAGCAGUUCUACUCUUUCUUCAAGCCAGAGCUGGCAGCUCACGGCUACGAUGGCAUCUUCAACGCCAAGUCCCGGGCCCGGACCAUGGACCAGCACGACAGAAAGUAUGUGGACGGGUGUGCCAUCUUCUUCCACAAGUCCAAGUUCAUGUUGCUGGAAGAUUAUCUGAUAGAGUUCAACCAACUGGCCAUGGCACACGCAGAGGGCUCCGAUGCCAUGCUCAACCGCGUCAUGCUCAAAGACAACAUUGGCAUCGCCGCGCUCCUGGAAGUGAAGGACUCCAGCGCCUUGCACAUGCCGAGUCAACACGUCUUGGUGGCCAACGCCCACAUCCACUGGGACCCAGAGUUUGCCGACGUGAAACUCAUCCAGACGCUCAUGUUCACCAACGAACUCAACAACAUCGUGAUGAAGGCGCAGACCGAGCGGGGUAUCGGAUUCAAGACCCCCAUUCCUGGAAUGCCGGGCGUCCCUGUAAUAAUGUGCUGCGACCUCAACUCGCUCCCAGACUCGAGCGUCGUCGAGUACCUCCGGACGGGCAGGAUCGCCACGUCACACCGCGACCUCCAGGGACACGGCUACGACGGAUUUCUCCAACGUUUCUCGGCGUCGGUACGGGGAGGGAUCCGCGCUCCAUCCGGUAAACCGGAGCUGGUCCACCAGUUUAACCUACGGAGGACCUACAGCGGGCAGAUGGAGUACACAAACUACACCUACGAUUUCAAGGGAGUCAUUGACUACAUAUUCUACAGCGCUGAUUUUCUGACUCCUCUGGGGCUAAUGGGUCCCAUCAGUAUGGACUGGGCGCGGGAGUGUAAGGUCAUCGGUUGCCCUAACCCGCACUUCCCGUCCGACCACUUUCCCCUUCUCUGUCAGUUCGAACUUUUACCGCAACACUAGCCAGUCACCCUCCCUCUCUCCUCCCUCCCUCCCUUCCCUCCCUCUCUCUGUAACUGUUCAUCUCCUCUGCCAACUUGUGUUUGCUCAUGCGUCAUGUCUCUGCUUUUAAUACUAAUUUUUUUUCUGUUUACACUUGUAUUUGUUUUGUCCCUUUUUUAAUUGUACAGUUAUUAUAUUUUGUAUAUCCCUAAGUACUCUGUUAUUAUUUGCUCUGUAAUUACUGUAAAUUUUGAAUAUGUAUAAUAUAUAUCUUCUCACAAACUCUCGCAUAUUGUAAUGGUUGCAGUGUAAUCAUUACAAAUACUAAGUUUCCAUACAAGU